AUGGUCCAGUUCAGUGCCAUCUUGCCCGAUUUCAAGGGCCUCAUCAUCACUUUGGAACACAUGCGCUUGCGCCUCAUUAAGCGUUUAGGGUCCGGUGCCUAUGGUGUGGUGUACCUUGCAUACGACAAUUCGCUCCCCUCAAAGCCUACUCCAUAUGCUGUGAAGUGUCUCCUGAAACACCCUAAAGAGUCAGAUUACCAUCACUUGCAGCAGCGCGAGAUUGCAUAUCACAAGGCAGCUUCAGCACAUCCAUGUGUCGUCAAACUACAUGGCGUCAUUGAAGAAGAGCACUAUCUCUAUCUGAUCCUUGAUUACUGUCCUGGCGGUGAUUUGUUCAGUGCUAUCAUCGACCACGGCAUGUAUGUCAAUGACGAUGUGCGCGUGAAGAGAUCAUUCCUACAGCUCCUUGACGCCAUCCAUGGUUGUCAUGACUUGGGAAUAUCUCAUCGUGAUCUGAAGCCGGAGAAUAUCCUUUUGUCAGGAGAUGGGAGUCGUGUCUAUUUGACCGACUUUGGCCUAGCCACGAAGGCAAAGUUGAGCGCCAGCUUCGGCUGUGGAAGCUCAUUCUAUAUGAGUCCAGAAUGCGCCGGCGCAGAUGUAAGCAAGCGGCCGUUCGUUACAUCAAUCUCCGAUAUCUGGGCACUGGGGGUCAUCCUUGUCAACAUGAUCACCGGGCGCAACCCGUGGCAUAUCGCGUCUACCCAGGAUACCGGAUACGCCAGCUACCUCGUCGAAGGAAAGCCGUACCUGCAGCGCAUGCUCCACAUCUCGCGGGGCGCCGUCGACCUACUCUCUCGUAUAUUCGUGGACAAUCCCGCGGAGCGCAUCACUAUCCAUCAGCUCCGUGCUGCAGUCAUCGAAAUCGACACAUUCUUCCCCACCGCACCGAACCUCUGUCCGCCGGUCAAAACGCUUCUGUCCUCAUCACGUCCCGUCGGCUCGGUGGACAUCACCGAUUGCCUACGUGUAGGCACCGGCGCAAGCGACGCGGCCGAGGUCAAGAUCGUCGACAUUCGCCCGAUAUCGUCUCCCGACGACAACGACAAGAUCACUGUGCCGAAGAAUAUAGGCACGCCCCCAAAGGCCUUCACUCCGGUCGGAGACGAGUCGCUAUUCGUCAACGCUUCUGACUCUCUGUUCACCGACGACUCCGGCAGCGAUUCAGAGAGCAGCGGGCCUGUGACCCCGCAGACCCGCGCGGUAGCGAUCCCUUCGCCCAAUAUAUCCUCGCUGCUUUUGGAGUUCCCCGAGGUCCCUCCCGACAUCGCUGUGCGGCUUUCCGAGCGUAAUUCAGCAGCGCGCAGGGCUCAGGACGCGUCAUUGACGAUGAAAAAGAGGAAGUUGCCCAGAUCGUGGGAGCGAUUCGUGCAGAGAAUAAAAGUGAGAGUCUAA